UGCAGAUCAACAAGCCACUAUUUUGGAAGCAGUUUGACAAACAGUCACUGUUCCUCAGUUGAUGUCAGUCGCUAUCUGCGUUUCCAGCGAGACGUAUCACGCGCUAUCAGCGAUAAACCAGCACAAAACCAGCCAGCCACUUAGCCCCGAACCGAUAAGGUUGGAAGACAUCGUCGGUUGAACUUUAAGACAGCUAGCUCCUUUUUUAUAUGCAUUUCACAUCAGGCAAGUGUGACAAUUGCACAGGCUAACGCUCUUUUUUCACUGGCUGAAGCUUUACAAUAUACAACCGAGCUAGCAACAACUUUCCAUCGUUUAUUUGGCAACGUGUCAUUAGCGCUAACGUUAGCCAACUUCAUUUUUUCGCCAAAAAGAACGGAUUAUAUUUAUUUGUGAAACAGCCCUUCGUUUUAUCUUUGUCAACAAGCCGCCUUUUCUCGAAGAGCUGCCUAGAAAACCAACGAUAUUUAGCUAACAGUUUGGUUUUAAGCGGUGCAAAGUAAUUUUAGCUAUUGUAGAAGUGUUAGCCUUGUCUCGCCAGCUAAAACCAAACCUUACUUGCACCAUUAUUUAAAAAAAAAAAACAGUCAUCAAGGAAGAGACUAGUUUGGCUUUUUAAAUUAGUCGCCGUUGUAUCCACGACCUUUAACUUUUAAAUAUCGCGACUGAUAGACUGCAGGAGCAACUCUCUACCGUUACGUUUCGCCUUUUAAAAAUAAGUGACAGAACAGCGAGCUACCGAGGGCUUAAAGCAGUGCCAGUGGUAGGACCUGAAGCAGGUUGUGUACAGUCACGGAAUCCCUCAUCGGAUUGUUAUAUUAUCAGUGUUAUUGUUGAAAAUGGCGGCGAUCGGAAUGGUGCAGAUGUUGAUCGAAGCAGCCGAGUACCUUGAUCGCAGGGAACGAGAAGCUGAACACGGCUAUGCCUCCAUGCCACCCUUCAUCAGCAGUCGAGAGAGGGAAAACUUGAAAAGGAAAAGCAAAAGCAAGAAAAACACAAGUAGCAGGUCUACGCACAAUGAAAUGGAAAAGAACAGACGGGCACAUCUACGCCUGUGUUUAGAACGCUUGAAAUCCCUCGUUCCCUUGGGACCAGAUGCGAACAGGCACACCACCCUCAGCCUGCUGAUGAAGGCCAAAGAUCACAUCAAGAGGUUGGAGGAGAGCGAUAGGAGAGCUCAGCACACCGUAGAGCAGCUACAGCGGGAGCAGAGACACCUGAGGAGGCGUCUGGAGCAGCUGGGGGUGGAGAGGACCCGCAUGGACAGCACCGGCUCCACUCGCUCCUCUGACAGUCCCGAAUCUGAUCAAGAGGACCUGGAUGUGGACGUGGAAGGGACGGACUACCUGCUGGGUGAUCUGGAAUGGAGCACCAGCAGUGUGAGCGACUCAGGGGACGAGCGAGGCAGCCUGCGCAGCAGCUGUAGCGAUGAGGGCUAUUCCAGCGCCAGCCUGUUGCGCCUGCAGGACACUCAGGAGAGGGCCAAGCAGCUGGGCUGCAGCCUAUAAACAGCACUGGUCACUGACCCAACACCCACCUCCUCCCUUCAGCCAAUCCCGUCCCAACAUUGUCUCACCACUCCUUGGUCCCGCUCAGACCUCACCGCCCCCUCCCUCCCCAUCAGGAGUGACCAAGCCUGAGGCCUCUGUUCCAGCCAGGCCUCACACGGUGGCUUCCAUUCAGACUGUGACCUCUCUGAGACACCCACACACAUCCAGCCCAUCAUCAGCGGUCAGUCUUUAAGGGUGUCACCCACUCUGCUCUGCACCAAUCAAACGAGUGGGAUUUUAAAGACACUCCACCCCCUCCGUCCGUCAGAAACACAACUGUCAGCCAGAGAAUGUUACCACACAAUGUCCCACUGCCUCUUUUUCUAUGCCUCAAGAGCCAUGGGAAGCACUUUUCACCCUUACUUCAUACACACACAUACAUUAACACACACAUGCACACACCCCUCCAUCGUGACUAGUUGUCCAGUGAGACCUUCCAAAGGUGUGACACUGGCAUGAUGUGGGGCCUUUUUUCUGCCCCGCUCACCAGUCAACCAUCUGUGCAUGGUACUUUGCACUUGAAAUUGCUUUUGUAAACAAAACUGUGUCAUCUUUUUCAAACACUGUCUCUUAAUAACUACAGGCCCCUGCUGCAGCUAUGGCAGCAAUGUUACCAGACAAAAUGAGUGUUUGAAAAACAUGUCAGUCUGCUGACUCUGCGGACACUAAACUAGACUGUGCGUGGUGUUAAACUGUCGAGGCCGACAGCAAUACGUCCCUUAGUACCCAGGCUUUGGCAGGCAGACUCGCAACUAUCCUGUAAUUUUAUGUCCAAACCUGCCAUUCAGAGGAAAAAGUAACAGAAAAACAUACAAAAAAAAUCGUGCAGCAUGAGAUUGUGAAUGGGGAGCUCGGGGAAGGUAUGGGGGUGGGUUUGAUGUUUUCUGCCUCUCUCUGAUGACGGUGGCGUUUUUACAGCAUGCUUUUCUCAUAUGUGUGUAUGUCACAUCUGAGCCUGGCGAUAACGGCGGCCGCUAGCAGAUUUGGAAACUUUUAACACCAGCCACCAGGCCGAAUGCUGGUAUAUUUUCGCAGGUGCUGGUACAAUUUUGUACACAACUCCUUCACUGCCCCGUUCACCAGGUAUUAGAGCUGAUCUACUGAGAGCAGUCGAAAGACUGGAGCACAUUCCACUAUGUAGAGCAGACAGGCAGGUGAGACUGAGAGCAUUAUUUUUUGUGAGUGGAUGUUCCUAAAAAUUAUUUAUGAAGGGAGAGGAGUUCAGUUUGAGUCGAGGCGAGUCACCCUGAAACAGAACGACUGGCUUUGGCUUUUCAAUUGGAACACAAGGCUGAAUCUUUCUCUAUGUGUUCACAUCUGAAAAGCACUAAAAUGUUAAAACCACAGAUUUCCUCUCCUUUGCCUUGCCUUCAUAGCUAUUUAUUGUUUCUGCAAAAAUGUAAACCUUUUAAUGUAAAUAGUUUACAGAAAGAUCUCUAUGUCUAUCAGCAAAUGUAUUUAUUAGAUUUACUAAAUAUAUAGAUAAAUAUAUAAAAAUAUAUUUAAUUAGUCAUAGCUUAUGUUCUUCUUGUGAGGUUUAUUGAGAGUUUCUUAUAUGUAGUUUGUUUGCACAGCAUAGUCAGUCCAUAGAGUAUUUAGAACUGUCUCUUGUGCCUCGAGGCUUUUGUGUCUGUUGAAUUCGGCACGGGGCUCCUAGGAAAUGAAAUGUUUUAUUUGUGGUUGAUUCUUUUACCUGUUUUCAAAGCCAUCCUGCCCUUUGAAAUGGAGGAAUAAUAAGACAAAAAAAACCUGAAUAACUUGUAAAAACGUGAAUUAAAAAGUAUAAAAGCGAGAGGAGCCGGUGGCCAGGCUGAGUGCGGCGCUGAUUCCUCUGGCAAAGCUGUGUUCGCUGUGCGCCCCGUUACCGUGCUGAGGAAGCUCAGACAAAAUGGCUCCUUGGCCUCGUGAGAUCUCAGCCCUUCGCGUGGUUUCAGAAUCAUCACGGGCAGGGAGAGGAUUGCAGAUUGUUGAAUGUAGAUGUCCUCAAACCCUGCAGUGUAGCAGCACGGUGCCAAAGGAAGCUCCCUGCCUGCUCGUGCAUGCGCCACUUGCAAAUCUCAGUUAAAGCAUGAAGAUGGUACAGCAAAAAAAAAAUAUUCAAAAACCUAAAUAAGAAAAAGAAAACCGGAAAAAUAGAUAUAGGCUUGUUCAGUCUUUUAAGUGUGGAAUGCCGCUUAUCUUUGUCAAGCUGAAACCUUUUCAAAUGGACAAGAAAUGUGUAGCCACGCUUACAGGGGAAAUGUAUUGAAAAGUAGGUGUGUGUGUGGGCAGGUGUGUUCACUGAAAUGCCAUCUGUCGGUGCGUGCAUGUGUGUACAGUAUGCAAGUGUGUGUGGUUAUUUCGUCACUGUCUUCAGAGAGAAAUUUUUCGGGUGGUUCGAGGGUGGGCGGGUUAAAAAAACAACAAAUUGUUAGGCUGUGUUUCUGUUCUGGUUUCCUGUUCAUUUGUUUACUAUUAGAAUGCAAAAAAAAAAAGUCCACUUGUCAACGACUUCAUGUAUUAAUCUGAGCAUUUAUGUCUGUCUAUGGGAGUCACGUUUCCUCCUUUCUUUCCUCCAUCCAUGGCCUCUUAUCUGUCUUCCACCAAUCUACCUAUAUGUGUGUGUGUGUGUGUGUGUGUGUGUGUAUGCGUGCUUGUGUUUGCCAAGCGACCAUGUGUGAGCGUGACUCCCUCCUCCACAUGCUGCAUUGGCAUCCAUGGUACAGGGAGGUGGGUGUGUGUGGUGGAGCAGCAGUGUAUUCUGUGUGUCUGAUCACAUGCAACUUAUUGCUCCCUCCUUCCUCACCCCCCAAUACAAAGACCCUGGUGCUCUCAGCAUCUGCCUUAAGAAGCAGGUGUGGAAUCUCUCUAAGAACAAGACUAUAGUCAGACCAGUUGUUUAAGCUACAGCUUCCAGCAUCGGGAAACUCAUGUUCCUGUGUAUAUUUGGUUUUUGCACAUUUUGUCCCUGCAUACAAAGUGGCUAAUAAUGCCUUAAAACAGACACAAAUGUACGACCUAGCAGAAGUAUGAUAUGUAUGAGUGUUUAUGAAAUAUCGACAUGUAUCACAAAGGUCAUUCCUUUUCAUUGUGACAGUCUCAGGCAUGGUGCUUUCAUACAUUUACACACAGAACACACAAACACAUUGCAUCAUAGCUCCAUGAAUAUCAUCGUCACCUGCCGCCUUUCUCCUCGGAAAGGUCAAAUGUCUGUUUGCUGACUAAAAACAUUAACGUUUUGUGCACUUACUUUUUAAGAAUUGGAGAAUUUGGGCACUGUCUUCGAAAUAAAUCACUUCAAAUGUGGGAGAAAACCCUUUGACAAUGAAUUGUGGAGCAGCAAUUUAUAUUUGCCAGCGAUAUUAAGGGAAUAAAACAUUUGAAACCCUUGUUUACCUACCUA